UUUUUUUGUUGAUCCUGCAGAAUUUGCCAUGUCAGAAGAUGAUAGAUUGCCAUUGCAUUCAUUUUCCUAAUUGCUGGAACUUGAUAUAUGCAACACAAACACGAUAUUAGUGUGCAGGAGUUUCUGAACCAUCAUUUUGAUCAGCACUUACUCUCUAUCUGAAUCAAUUGUUUCUUUAAUUGACUUUUUUUUCUUUUCAAAAUUACUGCUUUGAAAGCCAAAUCUUUGAAGAGGUAUGAUACAAAAAAGCCAUUAGGAUUAGUUUGUUAUCGUCCCAUAGGAGGAAGAGUGAAAGAUUUUGGGAAGAGGUUGUUAUUCAUUAGCUAGAAUUGCCUUUUUAUUAGAAACUAAUUUCCAUUAUAUUCCAAUCUUAUUACACUAAUGGUCCUUUGAGAUUUAGUGCUAGAUUUAUAACUGUGCUUUUUUUUUCUGAACCCCCUUUUUUGACAGUCCUUAUGGAUAGGUAGUGACUGAUAGGAAUGCACUAAAAAUUCAUGUCAAGUCUAUGUUUCACCAAAUGAAGGCACUUUCAAAAACAGCAGAAAAAAAAGAUAAAUAGAGGGUAGUGAAAACGAUUACAAGGGUGGCUAGAUGCUUACCAAAUGAUGAGAAAAACAGAAUCAGCACCGACAAACAUUCAAUAAAUGUACACAUGCAGCCAAAAUCUGGACAGACACUCUUUUGAGGUCCUCAGUUGGAUUUGGCAACUGCUUAAUUGGAUGCUGCUCGCUGCUGUGAACAUUGCACAGUUGAUUAAGGUGACUGUCUUCAUCGUGCCAUCCAACAGUUUCUGAGGCUGACCCUUCCACUGGCUGCAGCCGCAGAUUCGCAGCCCCCCGCUGACAUCUUCCCCGCAGCAACAAGCUCCAUCACUAGCCUUACUAGCGGGUUAAUGAGGCUCUGCUGGGAAAAGUCACUGCUGCGUAGCACAUAUUUCUUGAUAUUAUACAGCUUGAUAUGGAGUAUAGUUUUAUGUGUAGCAGGGAGAAAAGUCAAACUUUAAAAUAUGCAGAACGCAGUGUCGUCCAAAGUCUGAGUCUUUACUGUCUACAGCCGUUUUCUUUCUUCUUACAUAUAGAUCAGUAGAUGCAUUAGGGUGACUUGCAGGAGUAGUCAUAAUGUAUUAUUUUUAGAAAAUUCAAAUGUUAAUGGGAUAGAAAGAUACUGCAUUUUACUUUAGGACGAAAUAGGUGUAUAAAUCCCCAAAAUAAAGUUAACCAAGUUUUUUAAAUUAUUUGCUUUUGCACAAUAAGGGUAAAAAUGUGUGUCUGCAUUGCCAUCCACUGUAGUAAUUAAAUAAAAUGACAUUUGAAAGUAGACUAAAAAUUCCACAGAGACAAUUUCUAUGAUUCUGCCCAUUCCCUUACCUCAUUCCCUUUGACCUCACUCAGUAAUAGUGUCUUCUCUCUGCUCGCAUAACAGCUUUUAAAUACACUGUGCAUCACCCAUUACAUGAGUACUCCUCUCUUUAGGCUCUGCCACUGCUUUACAUCAAUAUUCUUGCUGGAUUAAUGUAUUAAUAGGAUCAGAGCCUUUACAGACUGGAAGGCACUAAGGGGGCCAGUGAAGUAUUUUGUCCAUGUAGCAUAAAUUUCCUGCAGCAUUUGUCACUUUAAGCUGUUAUUUACAGUAAGUGCAACAUUUCCUUAGCUUUAUCCCUGUGCAGUAAAUCACCAUCUAUCAUAGACUUUUUAAGGGAAUAUUAGAGGCAUAACAACAGAGGUGUGAUGGGGGGGAAAGAACCACAAAUAUCGACAAGAUUGCCUGCCCUCAUAAAAACUUUAAAACUUUAAUUUAAAUUAUUUUUAAAGCAUUAAUUUGGAUUUUAUUAUAUAGUAACCAUCAUUUUACCCCUGUCUGACAAUAAUGUUAUCCACCAUAAGUUUCUUUCACUGCUUGAGGUUUAUGGAAGCUAUUUUAAUUUUUAGAUAAAUACCAAAAUGCUUUACAUGACAACUAGAAAAAAACCCAUUAAUAGAAUUGUUUCAGAGACAUUUCAUGGUACAUAAUAAAUAAGAGAUAAUAAUUUUUAAAGACUGACAUUCAUAAAAUUAUAGUGUUGUGCAAAAGUCCCACAUUUCUCUAUAUUUUGCUUCAAAGGAGCCAGAAUCCAAGAUUCUUCCAAGGUUUCUUUUGGACAUUUUUCUGCUGUUUAAUUUAUUUUCAGUCCAGUCUUUGCACUUCACCAUUUUUUUAGAAUAUCUUGGUUUGUUAGAUCACUUAAUGUUGAUCUAUGAAUGGACUGGCCUCCCUAGAGCCUGAACAUCCCACUGUUAAGUAGUGGAGUAGCAAUAAGCAAAACAUGUUUAAAUUGAAUGAGUUUAAGAAAUACUUUUUGUGUUUUUGAAAAUGACUGAAAUUACCUAAAAAUAGUCAAUAGUAUUUUUAGUACAAGUCUGGAGGGAUCUGCACUUGUAAGCUACAUUUAGCUCUCUGAGAGGUUAAACAGUCUGUAUUUAGUUUGUAGUUGUCUCUCAAACAGAUUAAUGCCCUGUUAACCCCUCCUGUUACCAUAGUUAUCUACAACUAAUGAGCUUACACAACCUGCUGUUCUCUGUCUGUUCAGUGUGGAUGGCAAAUAAAUAAGGGCUACUGAGGACAAGCUGAGAAUUUAGCAAGUCACCGUAACAGAAUUUCUGAUGUGAAAUUUUUAAAAUGGAUUUUCCCAGACACUUUCAAAUCCUCUUGUAAACACCUUAAAUAAUAUGUAUGUGUAACAAAAAAUGUUAAUUACUAUUAUGCAAUUUACCACUGAAGGCUAUUGUUAUGCAGAGUAUCAAGAGAGAGAGAUUCAAGAGUCAUCCUCUGGGACCAUGAAUAGCUGUACAAAAAAGGCCCAAAGAGUGAAUAGAAUGACACGACAGCAGAAAAGUUUUUUGCCCCAGUUAGAUCCUUUAGAGGGGCACAAAAGCCCCCAGAUUAAGCUGCCGUAAUCAGCUGGACUUUUUCAACCAUACAUACGGAAGUGAAGGCUUGUCCUUGUGUAAACUGCUUUUACAUUAUGCGAGCUUAACCACAUUAAUCCUUAACCCUGGGUUUCUCUUCAGAUGUUCCAUCACCUCUGACUUAUCUGAAUCAGUCGUGGGGAUGGAGAAAUAGCGAAUUUCUUGUCUGAAGUAAUUCUCAACCUCCAUCAUUUUGCAAAUAAAUAUAGCUUUACAGCUGGGUGCCCUCAAUUUCUCCCACCCAUCUCUGUAUCUACAGUACUUCCAAUACAAAACCAGAAAUGAAGCAGUGAUGCGUAAUCAUAUUUUGUGAUUCAUGAUCUCUACUAAAACGUGGUCAUUACUGCAAAGGCGCCUGCUAUUUUGAUGCAUAGAUAUCCUUAUCGACUCUCCCAGAAAUUUAAAUGAGAUUUGAAUUUUUCAUGUACCGCCAAAUGGCCAGAGCUGUUAAUGUCUUGAUUUCGAUGUGUGAGCUUUAAGAAGACUCAAGCACUGUGACAAGGAAGCUGUAGCAGAGUGUAAUAUUCAGCAGAUCCUUGCAAAUAAUUCAUUUUUGUAAAACAGGAUUAAUUGGAAUUCCUUUUUUUGGCGAACAGCUUUUGUAAUUGUAAUUAUCAGGGACUUUCAAUAUUUAGUUUCAUUAUGUGAAGGACCAUCAUCGCUUUUUUGCUUUUGUUGGUUCAUCAUAUUUGUUUUACCCUGUUACACUCGACACAUUUUGCUUGUUAUGUGUGUUUGUGCAUCUUUGCUCACCCUGUUAAAUACUCUCAAUUUUAUAGUCAAAUUCGCUGGCAACAGUGGCACAGAGGAUGACUCAGCAGCAAGCAAAAGAAUUCCUAAUACUUCAUCACAUACUCAUCGUUGUUGUAUCGCGUUCUCCUGCAAUUCAGUGGCACAAACACGGCACAUUACUACAGUGCUUUUUUGCUGGAAGGUGUUUCAUUCAUCAGGUGGCAAUGUAAUUAAAGUGUUGUCUGAGAUUCUUUUGGUGCAAAGGCUGGAGGCUACUUAACCAGGCUGCAUUCUUUAUCAUAGCAUUUCAUAAAUCACUGAGCGUUUUUCUAGUCAGUGUGAGUUGCUAUAAAUAUUUUCUCCUUAAACCUCUAGUAACGGUAAAACAAUUUGUCAAUAAUUAACCAAAGCUACAACGAGUUGUCAGGUAAUUAAAUGUGACUGAGCGAUCCAAAGAUAGUUUAUGCCAAAGGGGGGUGAAUUGUUAUAAACAUCUCUCGGAGAUAAUUAAAGAUGAUUCAAUGCUUUCUUGUUUACUUCCCAUGCCUACAUUUAUUGCUAGUGCUUGAAACAGUCUGUCGUUUAUGUUCUAAGAUCAGGUUUGGGUCUGCCGUAUGUCUAACCUUAAACAAAUGUUGUAGGUAGCCUAUCCAUCAAAUUGUGGGCACCCUUGACAUGAAUUAGUUUGUACGAUAUGGCAUCUAACUGUGUCUGAAGGAGAAAGUGUUAUAGCAGCUCUGAACAGCCACAUUUCAAGGUACCCUGAAAGGCUGGAAAGCACUUUCGACCUGUUUCCUCAAUCGUAUUCAUAUUGUUGGACUUUUUUACAUAUAAAACUGAGAGUAGUUACAGGAGACUAAUUUGCCAAAUGACUGUGUGAGAAAAGGCUGCACAUCUUGCCCUUCACUGCAUAAAGUGGAUGUUGAUUCUGAGAUUUUAUUGCAUUAUUGAAAAGGUGUAGGGGGUUGAAUGUUCAGACACCUUAACCAUGGUUUGAUUGCUAUCAGUACAAUAUUUCCAGCAGUUUCCAUGUACAGCUAUCAUGGAAUGCUAUAAUAAUAGUAAUGAUAGCUGUAAUUCUUACCCAAAUUGUCCACAAUUGUCAAAAUUGUUCUACUGAGUGUGUUUUAAAUGGAAAUUUGACCCUUAGCAAGGGUCCACACAUUUUCUGAUUUUCACAAGCUUCUCACCAAGAAUCACAGAUUUAUUUGCCUUCUUGGCAACACACUUGAUUCUUGGGUGCAGUGACUGCUGCACAGUUUAAAUUGACCAGCUCCUUGAAAUCAUCGUUUCUGAUGGAAUCUUUGUGUUCCCGGUGCAGUAUGACACCGCACAUACAGACUACACGGUGCAUACGAUCCCUGGGGUGCAAAUCUGUGAACCAGAAGCAGUCACUAGUGAAGUUGUCAUUGUAGUUUCUGCUCAGGUUAACCUGCCAUCUCUGGAUGUGGCUUGAUAUCUCCUGGGGGCAGCAUACCCUCACAGACAAGUAGAAAAAUUGUUACAAAGAAUGGUGUGAAGAAAGGCAGCCAGAAAAGGAAAGAAUCUGAAAGGAAAGACAAAACAGAUGCAUAAACGCAUCUUUAAAGAGGACAUCAGCAGGUUUGUGGCACUCAGGCAAACCUCUUUUCUGUCCUCAUGGAGGACGCAUCUCACCAGAUGAAAGAAAGAGCCCCUUUGAGGUGGCGCCCCGGCAUUAUCCCUACAUCCUGCAUCAAGUAAUUGAAAGACCUUAGAGUAUGGUAAGGGGCUCAGGGGAGCAGGUAAGGGGGGUGAGUCAUCCUAGCAAUCUUCCAGUUGGACUUGGAAAAGGAUAAAUAAACGAAACCUAAGAAAAUAACUAAUAUGCUUCACUAGUUGUUAAGCAAGCACAAAAAGUUUAGUAUGCUUGUGUAGAAUAUAUUUCCAGCACACAAUGCACCAUGCACGAUGCAGGUUUAAAAUAGACUAUCCAGCACUGAGGACUUACUACUUUGUAGAUAAUUACAGGCAAAGCUUUUUAUUUUAUACGAGGAUACCACACUAUAUGCAAGUCUGUGUAGAAUGAUGGGUAUGAGUCUUAUAAAGUUGUGACAGUAUUAUACUUAUUGCUGGCUUAGCUGACAUUUCUGCCCACAAGGGCUUGGCAGUGAGCACUGCGGUGUUUAGAUACUGUAGAGUGUUUUGUUAGAGAAAGCAAGGAAAAUAAACAAAGGGAAUAAUAUUCCAUGUUUUAAAUUGCUCCAUUUUUAGGGGGCUGAAUGUGGGGCGGUCCUGAAUGUGCUCGAUGGAUCAAAGUAAUCUCUGUCAAAUCAGUGUCAGCACACUCUCUGCAUGCUAUUUAAUCCCUCUUGGCAUGGCAUCUAAUAUGUUGCACUGAACAUGCAUUAUCUACAUUUCAGCUGUCAUAAAGCUGCCACAUUUUUAGUGAAUGAGUUAAAUGUUGAGCGACUGCAUUUGUAAAUUAGAUGCUUAAAAAAAGAUAAUGCUGUGUCACUGUUUUGACAUUUCAAAAGAAAAUGUCCUCUUGCAAGUAUUUUUCUUUUUUUUAAACCAGCAAAUUCUACACAGGAAUUCACCGCACUUGCGCUUUCGUCUUCUCCUAAAGGCUUUUUUCCUUUUCCUCAUGUCUGUCCCCACUCAUUUUUUCUUCCUCACUCCCUCCAGUUUUCCAGUAGAUGAAACAGAACAUGGUUUCUCAUUAUCAGCCAGACUCCUCCCUCUCUUUGACUGGUGCUCUUUUCCCCUCCCUCCCUCAUGUGCGGAGGGCUCGGCAGUGAGCGUUAAUCCCGGAUUGCGCUGCCCUGCCGUCUGCAUCCCGUUGUUGCUGGGAGAGCAUGGCACGGUUCCAGGACCCCUGCGCUGACACGACAGAGAAGUGAAUGAGUAACAGAGAAAGAGAGGGAGAGAGGAAAGAGGUACAGUUGGACUGCUUCAUGACUACCACAGCUGCUUGAGUGUUAUUUAGUUUCAGUCACACACUCUCUAUCACAUAACUAGAGGGAAAAGAGAGAAACAGGAGGGAUGGCAGCCAGUUUGUCGCAGCUGUGGGAACUACUGUAAGAGAGGAAACCUCGGUCACAUCCCGGGUUCCAACACAUCGCAGCACUUCUCUUCGUUGCGUUGCACCUUCCUCACUGAUCACAUUUGACAGGGAUUAAACUUUUUUUUGAUCUGUUGCUGGCAAAUCUGUAACUCCGUCAGACAUGGAGUCUCCCACCAAAGAGAUUGAGGAGUUUGAAAGCACGGCCCUGAAGUACCUCCAGCCAGAACAGAUAGAGAAGAUUUGGCUCCGGCUCCGGGGAUUGCGCAAGUACAAGAAGACAUCCCAGAGAUUACGAUGUCUGGUAAAGCAACUGGAGAGAGGAGAGGCUUCACUUACUGACCUCAAGAAAAACCUUGAGUAUGCGGCGUCUGUGCUGGAAUCUGUUUACAUCGAGGAAACAAGGCGCUUGGUGGACACAGAAGAUGAACUCAGUGACAUUCAGUCAGAGUCGGUGCCUUCAGAAGUGCGAGACUGGCUGGCCUCCACCUUUACCCGACAGAUGGGCCUGAUGCUAAGACGUAACGAGGAAAAACCUCGCUUCCGAAGCAUCGUCCACGCCGUUCAGGCUGGAAUAUUUGUUGAGAGGAUGUACCGGCGUACCUCCAAUAUGGUGGGACUCAGCUACCCGGCCUCUGUCAUAUCUGUGCUUAAGAAUGUUGACAAGUGGUCGUUUGAUGUCUUCGCUCUGAAUGAGGCCAGUGGAGACCACGCACUUAAAUUCAUAUUCUACGAGCUGCUCACAAGAUAUGAUCUCAUUAGUCGUUUCAAGAUCCCAAUCUCUGCGGUGGUGUCAUUUGUUGAGGCCCUUGAGGUCGGAUACAGCAAACAUAAAAACCCCUACCACAACCUGAUUCAUGCUGCUGAUGUCACACAGACUGUGCACUACUUGCUACUCAAGACUGGCAUGGUGCAUUGGUUGACUGAGCUUGAGAUCUUUGCCAUGAUCUUUGCGGCGGCGGUGCAUGACUACGAGCACACGGGGACCACAAACAACUUCCACAUUCAGACAAGGUCAGACACAGCUAUCCUGUAUAAUGAUCGUUCAGUAUUGGAGAGUCAUCAUGUCAGCGCAGCCUAUCGCCUGCUGCAGGACGAUGAUGAAAUGAACAUCCUCUACAACCUUUCUAAGGAUGACUGGAGAGAGCUGCGGGCUUUAGUAGUGGAAAUGGUGCUGGCUACAGACAUGUCCUGCCACUUCCAGCAAGUUAAGGCCAUGAAGAACUUCCUACAACAACCGGAGGGCAUCGACAAGCCAAAGGCGCUGUCCCUGCUGCUGCACACAGCAGACAUCAGCCACCCGGCCAAGACUUGGGACCUCCACCACCGUUGGACCACCUCCCUACUAGAGGAGUUCUUCAGACAGGGGGACAAAGAAGCUGAGCUCGGGCUGCCGUUCUCUCCACUCUGUGACCGAAAGUCAACGAUGGUGGCACAGUCACAAAUCGGAUUCAUAGACUUCAUCGUAGUGCCAACCUUUACUGUGCUCACCGACAUGAUGGAGCGCAUUGUCACGCCACUCAUUGAGGAGGCCUCCCAUUCCGGUUUGACUGGUUUCAGACGCUCAAGUCUGAACAGUAUUAGUUCAGAUGAAAGCAAAAGGCACAGUGUCAAGAGCAUGGGCUCCGACAGCAGCUCAUCGGGCCCGGGCUCUCUCCUGACGGUGGACAUGAAGAACUUCAAAGCGUUGUGGAAUGAAGAAGUUUAUCAAAAUAGAGAGAGGUGGAAAGCCCAGGCCGCUAAAGAAGCAGAGGAAAGAGCUAAAAAGGAAGCAGAGGAGCGAGCACAGCAGGAAGAGUCGAUGGAGCCCCAGGAGGUCCAAGCAGAAUCCGAACAGCCUGAACCAAAGGAGGACAAAUUGGAGGGAGAGUCGCCCGAGUCGGAAGAGGUCAGCACACCACCAGAUGGUAACACAGGGAAAACAGAGCAGGGAGCACAGCCUGGGAGUGCCACGCACAAGAGCCCCCCACUGCAGAACGGAGAGCUGUCAGAAGGGGCCGAGUCUCCAGAAGGUGAAAAAGACAAAAACAAAGCAGUCGAGGAGGUCGUGAUGGAGUAAGUAAGCUGGGGAGUACCAGUGCCACUCUGUUGUCACUGUUGCUGCAACUUAAACCUGCUUUAAAUCUUGCAUGGGAGAACUCAGACUCACGUUAGAGAGUCAUUAGUUGGACUGUGCCGCCCUCUACAGGACACUGAGAAACAGCCACCUUUGCUUCCCUGUCUUUAUAAUCAGCCAUUUUUUUUCUUUUCUUUUGCUUUUAUCACGUUUCUGCUCCCAGGCUCUCACGUGCAUUAUUCUUUUCUUCCUGCUUACUGAUAAAGCCAGCUAAGAUGAUUUAAUGACCUGAUUUUUUCUUUUUUUCUUAAAGUAUACCAUCGAUUUACUUUUCUCCAAGUAUGUUCAAUAAGUAUGUUUCACCUAGCCACAUACACGUAGCCAUUGUACAAGUCCCACUUUGCCUCAGCAGCUCUCUUCAUGGUUUGGUUAUAAAACUGAAAACCUUUUUUUUGUGUUUUUAAGCAGUCACAUAUUUUAAUUCUUCAAUCACAGACAAAAUGCAGACUUGUUUUGAAAUGCAGAGUAAAUGCACAUUCAGAGGGACUCUUAUCUGCUACAUAGCAUGUACAGUAUACGGACAUGUGUACAGCACUACUGUUUUAUUCUCACGUAAAACGCUCUUCCCCUUUCAUUUGGAAGUUCCUGUUGGGAGCUUCUUAUGGCCGCUGAAGCCACUUUAGACACAUUAACAUGCAAUCUUCACCACCGGUUGUGGCUCAUUUUCCUCUGAACAUGCUUCCUUCCGUAGUGCUUUCCUCAGACAUCGUGAAGUUUUAACACAUUUGUGCUCCUUGCAGUCAGGAACAUAUUGUUGAUGUCCUCUUUACUGUAUAUACUAGACAGUCUGUAUAUGUCUGGAGAAGGAGUAGAAAUCUAUCCACAAUCCACCACAAUUUUUGACAUAGUUUAAAAUAACAGUUGAAAACAAUGGGAAUGCCUCUUGUGCAAUUUAAGACAUAUCACACACGCAAAUCCAUUCAAGUUUUUGUAAGAUAUAAAAUUCUCUUUUCAGUACUUUUUUUUUUUUUUUGGUAAAACAAUUUGUAUUGCUCAUGUCACGUAUGAAUCAUGCCCUAGAUGUGUUUUAAGAUCCUCACAAAGUUUGUCUUCUUCUCGAUGCCUUCUUACAUGGAUGAAAGCUGUAGCAAAAUGUCAACAUUGUUUGCUGAAAAAUCUUCUAUAUGUAUUUUUGUUUCCUUUUCCAGCACAGUUACAUAACAGCAGCUUCACCUUCUAGGUUGUGGGCGUAGUGUUUAAUGUACAUGUUUACAGUGUGCUCAUACACCUAUUAGCAGGCUGAAUCCAUCUGAUGCAUCACAGGCUACAUGUCCCCACUGUAUCGCUUCUUGGUUGUUUGCCAAGGUUUUUAAGGCUUGUAAUCUUGUGUACAGAUGAUGCAAAUAUUGCUUACUGUGCAAAUGUAACAUAUUAAACCACUGCAAUGCAGGUUCAGCUUUUACUAUUAAUGUAAUACGUAUAAUUGGAAGAAAGGAAAAGAAGCAUUGCGGCAGUAUUUGCAGUAUGAUGGACAUGCUUUCUCCACAAUAGUGCACUUUUAUUUUAUUUUCCUUGCAUUCUUUUAUUUGGAAAUUCCCAAAUUGACUGUGCUAAGGUCAAAUUCCUGGCAUUUAGCUGGCUUUUACAAUAAGUUGUAAGCAUACUAUACAUGUGUACACAGCUACUGAUAUGUAUAGUAUAUAUUAUCCUGCGUUCUAAAAGGGGUUAUUACCUUUUCCCCCUUUCAUUUUUUUCAUUGUAACAGGAACAUCAGUUCUCUGGUGGGGUAUGGCAGUUUUUCACGCGAUGUAAUCACAUGCUGCUUUUUACCUAAAAAAAGGAAAAAAUAAGAAAAGAAAAAACUAGAGAGUCAUUGGUUAUCAGGCCAACUGACUGAAUGUGUGCCUCUAUCUGUACUUCCGUUUUCACACCUUUCAUCUGUAGGAAAAUUUUGUGAUGUCAUUUUAAUCUGUGCUGAUCCGGUUAAGGUCAAACAAACCAGUUAAUAUCUUCCAACACACUCAAGAUUUGAAAAACACACGUUGUCUCUGUAAAGUCAGCAGAAGUAAUGUAUUUAUGAUCGCAUAUUUUGCUCUAUUUCAUUUAGAUGCGUUUAUUCUGGCUGUUUUGUGCCGUACGUAUGUUGUCCCUCUGUUGUUUUAUUGUACCGUUUUGCUCCUCCUUUGUCUUGGAGGAUGGAUUGUCAAAAACGUGCGUCUGUAACAUGUAGGGACUUCUUUUUGUUUCUCCUCUAUCUGUGUCACUGUGAUGUUUUCUUGCACCAACUUUGAAGUCAGAAAAAUUCAAGAGAUUCAUAAAUGUAAAUUUCUAUUCUAACAGUCUCGCCAAAUUAGAUUGAAAAGAAAAAUUUAUUGCAUCCUCACAAUAGGCUGCUUGGUAAAACAGAUUAUAGUUGCCCUACUGAGGGACCAACACAUGUACAGUCUUGUAGUUUGCUCUACCUUCCACUAGCUACUGUGAUAGCCUACUGUAUGAAUAUGUAACAGGAAUUUAUACCAACCAUAAUAGGAAACAUAGCUGUUAUGACAUGUAAAGACUUCUGAACAUGGUGUUUUGUAAUGUUUACUAUGAAACAAAUCAUUUGUUGUUCAUUUAAUGCUUUUUUUCCUCCUUGUUUAGUCUGAUUCACUCUAUAAUGACUGAUCUCAAACUGUUGAAAUGACUGAGGUUAGAUGGGUUUGAAGGAUUUGUGUGUGCGUGUGUGUGCGUGCGUCUUUGUGUGUGAGAAACUGCCACAAAAUACUUAAUGUGCAUUUUCUGAUCUCCUCACUGUGAUCUUCUCUGUUGAUGAGAGUAUGAUGAGAUGAGUGUUUGUGGGAGAGAAACAAAAAGUGAUGCAGUGGACUGUGUAAACCUGAGUGAACAAUUCAUUUUGAAUCUAUUCUAGUAUUAGUUUUAAAUGCUCCAUCAGGCAAUACUCCUGAUAUGUUUGCUUUUAUAAAAUGCAUUCAUAAUAUCAAAGUUAAAUUGAGACAAAAAGGAUAGGUGACAUAAAAAUAAUAAUUUUAAAGAUGUUGAAUUUCACUUUGUUCUGUACUACUCUCUACUACAUCCCUGAAUAAACAGACUGACUGUGUGUGUGUGUGUGUGUGUGUGUGUGUGUGUGUGUGUGUGUGUGUGUGUGUGUGUGUGUGUGUGUGUGUGUUGCUGUCCCAUGCCGGCCAGGCGGCCGUGUGUGCCACCAUGCUCUGUGACUGCACAGCCGUAUCAAUAAAUCUUGAUUCAAAGGG